CUGACCACGACCGUACAAGCCGACCACGAUUAUUACUCCCUCUCAGGAUCCAAGCUUACUCGGACACGCCAUAGAAGACAUGUUAGCACGCAUUCAAGAUGCCUUGGAAGGCCAAAUAGACUUCAAAGGCCAACAAAUGACAGAACUUCUUACUACGGUCCUCCUCAUCUUCUCAGGCGCUAUUGCUUUCCUCGUUGGUUACAUUCAGCAAGACAUUCAUCUAACGCUCUGGGCCGGGCUGGCGGGGACAGCAGCAACUGGGUUGGUGGUAAUUCCGCCUUGGCCAAUGUACAAUCAGAACCCUGAAAGGUGGCUGGCACCGACUGCGGCGGGAGUGGCAGUUGCAGGUGUCACGGUAGACGGCGUGAAGGUUGCAUGAGAUAUAACUGUGGACUUUACAAGUCAUUCCGAUAGCCCGAAUUGAACACAGCUUGCCAGCAUCCUUCAAACACUGCCUAACUCUGUCUGCACCAUUGUGAAGCCACUGCUAAAAAUGCGGAAGAAUUCGCAGAACGCCAUCCAGUCCCUCCCAAGCCGAUCAUACUCACUUGAAGAGUGUAAGAGUGAGGCCAUGGCCAGCCCGCUGUCUAGACCCAAUCACCGCAGACCC